UUGCAAUAUACGGUUUUUGUCAAAUUCCUACAACAUUUGUUCGUACUGUCCAGCAUUUACCAUAAUGCUAUAAUUUUAAGAAUUUUGAUAAUUCUAAUUCUAUGAUGGUAUGAUAUGAUUACUGUCUUGUCGGGUCCGAUAGGAACUUUAGCCAAUCAGUUUUUUGAAUCCAGGAAGCUUUCACAACCAACCUUUUCCGAUCUUUCUCUCAAACCGGCUCGCAUUCCAGAAAAACCCUGAGCUUGAAGAUGGCCCAAGUUGCUCAAAACCCUUCUCAGCAGCAGAAAGUCAUAAUAACUAACAAGUAUGGCAAUAAACUAGUGGGCAUUUUGCAUGAAUCUGGAACCAAAGAGAUUGUUAUCCUAUGCCAUGGUCUUCGAUCCACUAAGGAAGACGAUAUCAUAAAAAAUCUUGCUGCUGCUCUAGAAAAUGCAGGAGUCAGUUCUUUUCGCUUUGACUUCACUGGAAAUGGGGAAAGUGAAGGUUCAUUUGAGUUUGGUCACUAUUGGAGGGAGGUUGAUGAUCUGCAUGAUGUGGUUCAACACUUUCAUGGGGCAAACCAUAAAGUUAUUGCAAUUAUUGGACACAGUAAAGGAGGUAGUGUGGUGCUUCUUUAUGCUUCUAAACAUCAUGACAUUAAAACAGUUGUCAACCUCUCUGGACGCUAUGAUCUGAAGGCAGGACUUGAAGAACGCCUUGGAAAAGAUUAUUUGGAAAGAAUUAAGAAGGAUGGCUUCAUUGAUGUGAUGCAGUCAGGAAGUUUUGAUUACCGUGUGACUUUAGAAAGUUUGAUGGAUCGAUUAGAUACAAACAUGCAUGAAGCAUGCCUUCAGAUUGAUAAAGAAUGCAGGGUACUCACAGUUCAUGGUUCUUCAGACCCAGUUAUCCCUGUUGGAGAUGCAUCUGAGUUUGCCAAGAUUAUACCAAACCACAAGCUAAUUAUCAUAGAGGGAGCUGAUCAUUCAUACACUAAUCAUCAAGAUGAAUUAGCCUCUGUUGUUGUGAACCGCAUAAAGGAAGCCUUGGUCCAUUUUUCUAAUGAUGUGUAAUUGUGGUAGACCUUGCAGUUACGAGCCAAUUGAAAUUGCAACAGGUGACAAAAUUUCAGUUGUGGAUGAACAUGCCUAUGAUGUUCUGCAGCAUGUUUGAGCUCUUCUAGUUUUUGCUUAUAAAAUUGGUGAAUCUUGCAUCAUGAUGAAAAUAAUGGCGAGAGAAAUAUCUGGGAGUAUACAAUGUCAUUUUUAAAUUAUCAAUUAUGACAAAUGCAAUAUGUAAACAGUUAUCUCAUGGUAGCAUAUGGUAGCCAUAGUGGGGGGUUAUUCCCACAUUUUAAGGGUCUGGGGACACCUCAGUAUUAUAGAAUAAGUGUAAGGAAACCUUAUGGUAAAGACUGUUUAGUCGUCACCUGUUUGAUGAACAUCUUAAAAAUGAUGAAAAUAUUUGUAAGAUUGAUUUCUAGAUUGUGGGUGGCGUGAGGAUCCCAUCAUACUCACAAAGCUUGUGCCAUGAGUCCAUGCUUGUUCAAUUCAUUGUCCUCUAUAUAUCCUGUGAUACGAAAACAUACAAUAUGAAUGAAAAUUGGUAGUGAUCUA